AUGGAAGAACCAUUUACUGUAUAGCCCGAGCCUCCUUUUGGCUUGGAUUAUCCCGAUGUCGUAAGGGAGUUGGCUUUACAACAUUUGCUAGUAAAACCAACUGCACUUCUGAUGUCGAGAGACCUCGGCAUAGCCCGAGUAAAAAGGAGACUCAGGCUAUAAAUAUUUUCCACACAAAGCCACCUUUAUUGCCUUGGCAAAUAUAUUCUGUCAUAAAAGGCAAGAAGCUUCCAGACCAUCCUUUAUUAUCAAAAUCCAUCACAAUAGAUAAAGACUCAGAUAGCAAUGCUUUAAAUGAAUUUUCGGGUACACGCUUUUUCAUCUGGAUAUUUUGUCAGUAAAACAUUUCCUCUGCGAUAUUUGGUAGAAAUUUAUCCUGGUGAGACAUUUGAUUAAAAAUUGACUAUUUUUUCCAAGCAUAUACCUCACGAGAAAAAAUGUCAGCCAAAUUUCUGAGGAGCAAAUAGUUCUGAUCAAAUGGCAUGGAACAGAAUUUUCUGAUUGCGUUUACAUUAAAGGAUGCUAAAUAUUUAAGUCUCCACUACAAUGAGCGGCAUUCCGCACAGCUUCGUUAGAAGCUGUGUGAUAACUCAAGCGAAUUGGUGAGUGUCCGCCUCUGGUACCUCUAAGCCCAGGCCGAAACCUCUGCUUUUCAAUACUGGGCCUGAAGACCGUUGCUGAGCACCAUUAUUUUCCAAUUAAGCCACUUCGCCACGUAUUAAACCAUAUCCUGCCUCCUACUUCUACUUAGAUCUCCAUUUAGGGAACUUGCUGGAAGACCACCUCUAUCUUUUGUAAUUUUUCUCCCUUUUUCAGGUUAUCUAGAAAAAUAUCACGCGCUUACUCGCUUGGGUGAUGCUGUCGAAAAGUAGUCUCAAGUAACUGUCCAUUAUAUCAUUACACAAACAGCGGAUUUAUGCUCAAGUCCCUCGUUUAGGAUCAACGAACUUGAGGCUCCAAAACCAUACGCAGAUAUUUAUGGGUAACCGCCAUAAGAGGGCGGAUCUAACGUUACUGCCUUUUAAUGCAUAUUGAAUUUUCUGAUAAUGUAGGGGAAUUAGAGGCAAAAUUGAGGCCAACACAGAGACACAGCACGUUUUUGGAAGUAAAAAGAAAAAGAUUUGCUAAUAGGAGAAAUACGGAUAAAGAAAUUGUAUAUAGAAAUGAGUCCAUACCUGAUAAAGAUUUGAAGAAAAUUUAUAAGCCAGCACCCAUAAUCUCAGAAAAAUUAAAAUUGCUUCUGAGGGAAUCUCCAAAAACAGAGAGAAUAAAAAGCUUAUCACCGGUUUUAAAUACAAAAUUUGCAUCUACUUUUGAUAAUCGUAAACUAGACAUGACAAAGCCACAGCCUAUGCUUCUGACUAGCAUUAUGAAAAGAAAUCAUAUCUCUAUCAAGCAAAGAGAGCUACAUUUAUCCUCAAGCUUGCCGAGGCAAGUUAAAUUAAAACGAUCUGUCCACUUUUCACCCUCAAGGGCUACAGAAAGCAUAAAAACAAAAAUUACCCGUCUUAAGCACUCGUAUCAAAAUAAUUAA